AUGUGUGAAUGUGAGUGUGAGUGUGACUGUGACUGUAAGUGUGAGAGUGAGUGUGAGUGUGAGAUUGAGUGUGAGUGUGAGUUUGAAUGUGAGUGUGAGAGUGAGUGUGAGUGUAAGUGCGAGUGUGAGUGUGAUUGUCAAAGUGAUUGUGAGUGUGAGAGCGAGUGUGAGAAUGAGUGUGAAUGUGAGUGUGAAUGUAACUGUGACUGUGAGUGUGAGUGCGAGUGUGAGAGUGAGUGUGAUUGUCAAAGUGAUUGUGAGUGUGAGUGUGAAAGUGAAAGUGAGUGUGAGAGUGAGUGUGAGAGCGAGUGUGAGAAUGAGUGUGAAUGUGAGUGUGAAUGUAACUGUGACUGUGAGUGUGAGUGCGAGUGUGAGAGUGAGUGUGAUUGUCAAAGUGAUUGUGAGUGUGAGAGUGAGAGUGAGAGUGAGUGUGGGAGUGAGUGUAAGUGUGAGAGUGAGAGUGAGUGUGAAAGUGAGUGUGAGAGUGAGUGUGAAAGUGAAUGUGAAAGUGAGUGUGAGAGUGAGUGUGAAAGUGAGUGUGAGAGUGAGUGUGAAAGUGAGUGUGAAAGUGAGUGUGAGAGUGAGUGUGAGAGUGAGUGUGAGUGUGAGAGUGAGUGUGAGUGUGAGUGUGAGUUUGAAAAGUGA